GGCCUGGCCACUCUCGGCUCUCGGCUUCCCGCUCACCUGAGUGCAGGACUCGGCCCCUCUGCCGCGGCAUCAUGAGCUUCACCACCCACUCGACCUUCUCCAGCAACUACCGCUCCCUGGGCUCCCUGCGCUCGCCCAGCCACCGCGCGCGGCCCAUCAGCAGCGCGGCCAGCGUGUACGCGGGGGGCUCGGGGGGCUGGUCCGUGUCCCGCGUCUCCAGCUACCACCGGGGCAGCCUGGGCUCCGCGGGCCUGGCCUCCGCGGGCCUGGCCUCCGGGAACCUGAUGGUCAUGGGGAGCAUCCAGGGCGAGAAGGAGACCAUGCAAGAGCUCAACGACCGCCUGGCCUCCUACCUGGAGAGGGUGAGGAGCCUGGAGCUUGAGAACCGGAGGCUGGAGAGCAAAAUCCGCGAGCACCUGGAGAAGAAGGGGCCCCAGGUCCGAGACUGGAGCCACUACUUCAAGACCAUCGAGGAGCUGAGAGCUCAGAUCUUCUCAAAUUCCGUGGACAAUGCCCGAAUCGUCCUGCAGAUUGACAAUGCCCGUCUCGCCGCCGAUGACUUCAGAGUCAAGUACGAGACGGAGCUGGCCAUGCGCCAGUCUGUGGAGAGUGACAUCCACGGGCUUCGCAAGGUCAUCGACGACACCAACGUCACCCGGCUGCAGCUGGAGACGGAGAUUGAGGCGCUCAAGGAGGAGCUGCUCUUCAUGAAGAAGAACCACGAGGAGGAAGUCAAUGGUCUCCAAGCCCAGAUUGCCAACUCUGGCCUGACCGUGGAAGUGGACACCCCCAAAUCCCAGGACCUCGGCAAGAUCAUGGCGGACAUCCGGGCCCAGUAUGACGAGCUGGCUCGGAAGAACCGAGAGGAACUGGACAAGUACUGGUCCCAGCAGAUUGAAGAAAGUACCACCGUGGUCACUACUCAGAACACGGAGCUCAACUCGGUGGGUUUGAGGCUCACAGAGCUAAGGCGAACCUUGCAGUCCUUGGAGAUUGAACUUGACUCCAUGAGGAAUCUGAAGGGAAACCUGGAGAACAGCCUGAGGGAAGUGCAAGCCCGCUAUGCCAUGCAGAUGGAGCAGCAGAACGGGAUCCUGCUGCAUCUGGAAUCAGAGCUGACCCAGGUUCGGGCAGAGGGGCAGCGCCAGGCUCAGGAGUACGAGGCGCUGCUGAACAUCAAGGUCAAGCUGGAGAAAGAGAUUGCCACCUACCGCCGCCUGCUUGAGGACGGGGAGGACUUCAGGCUCAGUGACGCCCUGGACAGCAGCAGCCUGUCCAUACAGACCAUCCAGAAGACCACCCACAAGAUUGUGGACGGCAAAGUGGUUUCAGAGGUCAACGAUACCAAAGUUUUACGGCGCUAGGCCACAGACAUGGGGGUCUGCUCUGGGGGGAAGAUCAAUUAAAAGUGCAUAGGUCACUGUA